CCAAAUCAAUCACAUAAACUUUAUUAUGAACAAGAUACACACUUUAUUUAACAUGAAGACGAUACACAUCCACUCACUUGCCAUCUUGUGCACUGAUAAUUGAUUGGAUCCUUAGCUUAUUUUUAUGGCCAAUAAAAUAAUUAAUCACGUGCUCAUUGCAUGAUGACCCCUUCAAAUCCUAUAAAAGGCAAGGACUUAACAUUUGAUAUCUCCAACCACACUUAAAGCUGAAACUUAAGGGAAAAAAACACAUAAAAAUGGGUUCAAUAUCAGAAGCUAAAGGGCAAAAACCACAUGCUGUAUGCAUCCCUUUCCCAUUGCAAGGCCACAUAAACCCAAUGCUACAACUAGCCAAAAUCCUCCACUCUAAAGGCUUUCACAUCACCUUCGUAAACACCGAGUAUAUUCACAAACGUCUACUACGAGCCCAAGGGCCGGAUGCUGUGGUUGACAGCCCAUCCUUUCGGUUUAAAACCAUACCGGAUGGGCUGCCACCUAGCGACUCCAACUCCUCACAGAAUUUGGAUUCGCUAUGUGAAUCCACUGAGAAUAAAUGCCUCCAACCCUUUAAGGAGCUCAUCGCCUGCCUUAAUGAGGCAGACGAUGUGCCUACUGUAAGUUGUGUGGUUUCUGAUGGUAUAAUGUUUUUUACUAUUGAUGCAGCUAAGGAGUUUGGUGUUCCUGUGGUUUUGUUUUGGACUGCUAGUGCUUGUGGUCUUCUAGGUUAUGCUCAGUACCAUAAGCUUGUUGAGUUGGGAAUCGUUCCUUUCAAAGAUGCAAAUUUCACUACAAAUGGUGACCUUAACACGGUCGUAGAUUGGGUUCCUGCAAUGAAGGGAAGUUGCCAAUUAAAGGACAUCCCAACUUUUAUUAGAACCACUAAUCCUGAUGAUUUUUUUCUCCAUUAUAUUCAACGAAUGAUCCUCAAGUUGAAACAAGCCUCGUCGAUCCUCUUAAACUCUUUCGAUGCCUUGGAGCACGAUGCCCUCGAAGCUCUCUCCACUGAUUUCCCACCCCUCUACACUCUCGGCCCGUUGCAGCUCCUACAUGAUUCAAGUAAAGGUGGAAAUGACGAAGUUGUUAAAACGAUUAGCAUGAGUUUAUGGAAAGAGGACACACGUGGCCUCGAAUGGCUUGAUUUGUAUGAGCCUAAUUCUGUUGUGUAUGUUAACUUUGGAAGCAUUGCUGUUAUGACUAAUGAUCAAUUGAUGGAAUUUGCAUGGGGACUUGCUAAUAGCAACCAACCCUUUCUUUGGAUUGCGCGGCCUGAUUUAGUCACAGGUGAUUCGGUUAGUCUCCCACCGGAGUUUCUAGAGGAGACGAAAGGAAGAGGACUAAUUGCUAGUUGGUGUAACCAAAAGCAAGUGUUGGCUCAUCCCGCGGUUGGAGGGUUUUUGACUCAUUGUGGUUGGAACUCGACAAUUGAGACUUUGAUUAGUGGGGUGCCUAUUAUUUGUUGGCCUUUCUUCGCGGAUCAACAGACUAAUUGUUGGUUUUCUUGCCACAAGUGGGGGAUUGGGAUGGAGAUCGAUGCGAAUGUGAAGAGGAGUGAAGUUGAGAGGCAAGUGAGAGAGUUAUUGGCAGGAGAGAAAGGGAAGGACAUGAAGAGGAAUGCUAUUGAAUGGAAAAGGUUGGCUAGUGAGGCUGUUGCUACUCCAAAUGGGUCUUCUUACAACAAUUUGGACAAGGUCAUCAAAGUGCUAGAGUCCUAGCUAUUGUCCUAGGAAAAUUUGAUCUAAGAUCUAGUUAUGCGGGUUGUUGGACGAAGUGCUAGUGAUUUGUGUGAUUCAAAUGGUUCUUAAGUGAUAAAGUAAGUUGCGCUGAUGGUUGAGGCUCAGAAACAUGUUUUAUACUCUAUCAUUAAGAAUUCAAGUAUGUUUUAUCUUUGCACCAAUUUGUGACCUUAUUUUUUGUGUACUUUUAUCCUACCAAUUGUUUAACUUCAUGCAUUAUUGCACAAGUUGUUUAUAUGAAUUUGUAUAAUAUUGCUAUUUUCCUUUCCCUAAUAAGAAAUGUUAAUACUUA